CAAACUAUAAAUAGCAACACACCUAUCAACCUAUGUCUCAUCGUUUCCAAUUCCUACGUUUCUUCCUUUGUUCUAAGUUCAAUUUUCUUUGUGUUAUAUAUUACUAAACUAGAACUACAAUUAGAAAUACAAUUCCCUCCAAUUGAUUUUCCUUGUCAUCACCUAUGGCAUCCCAGCCUACUCGUCCGUGGUUCCGGCUAGGCUCCAUUGUCCGACCAGCCCCAGCCCCAACCCCCACCCCUGCUCCCGCCCUCGCCCCAAUGGUUAUAACUACAAUGAGGCCAACGGCUCCUCCUCCUGAGCCUACUCCCCCACCACCUCCACCACCUACCACCACUGCUCUGCCAUCACCACCUCCUCCUGCCGCGGUGGCACCACCACCGUCUCCUCCUGCCGCGGUGGCACCACCACCGUCUCCUCCUGCCGCGGUGGCACCACCACCGCCUCCUCCUGCUGUGGUGGCACCACCACCGCCUCCUCCUGCUGUGGUGGCACCACCACCGCCUCCUCCUGCUGCGGUGGCACCACCACCUCGUCCUGUCAUGGUGGCACCACCACCUCGUCCUGCCAUGGUGGCACCACCACCUCGUCCUGCCACGGUGGCACCACUACCUGUCACCACUGCUCCACCACCACCACCCGCAGCCACAAAAUCACCUUCUCCUCCUGUGACUACUGCAUCAGUUCCAUCAUCACCAGUUAAGAAAGCUGCACCUUCUUCCGUACCAUCAUCUCCUGCAUCCAGAGUUUCUGGAGCCCCAUCAUAUUCAGGGGCACCUUCUCCCAGUAGAACCAAGGUCACUACUUCUUCUACUACUGAUUCAGUGUCACAUUCUCCAGCCUACAAACCACAAACUACCACCACCUCUCCGCCAAAACCCGUCAUCUCAGCCGCUGCAAUUUCUCCUUCAUCAUCUAAACCACUGCCAGCACAAACUUAUUCUCCACCAAAACCCACCAGCAUUUCAUCCACUGCUAGGGAGGCUAAUAAUUACAACCACCAAUCUCCCAAAAUCAUCAGGCCCGCCGUGAAUCAAACCCCACCUCAGUCACCAAGACUCAAACCAACCGCCCCACCGCCCUCUCCUCUCACUCUUCCACCAUCUCAGCUAAGGCCAAACACUUCAGAUAAUCAAACUGACCAACCCAAGUUUCCCGUUGAGGCAGAGCAGAAGACAAUGCUGGUCCAACAGAAAACCAUUGAUCAACAAAAACCCAGUUCAUGGUUUGGCAGCUUCACCUCCGGAAACUCAAAAGGCGCGGACUUUCACGAGUCCCCAAAGCCCAUCAGCAACUCCCACACCGCAAAGCAUGAAGGAGAAACAAAAGAGAGACUCAUAUCUCGGAAGAAGUCGCCACCUAGUUCCGAUCAUGAGGCAGCUGGCAUGAGGGUUAUCACCAUUGCAGGGGAAAAUAGGGGAGCUUUCAUGGAACUCAUAAAAUCCCCAAAGAAACAUGGAAGUGAGGAGCAUUCUCAUUACUUUCAUAAGACAGAAAAUGGAAAAACCUUAAUGGGGACUCAAUCUGAUCAGGGAAACCACAGCAGCAGCAGCGACAGUGGCGGCGAGGAAGGCAAGCACAAAAGCAAGGAUAAAAGUCACAGAGCUUGGAAAGCUGCAGCAUCAAAGCCUACUAGUACUUUCACGAACAGCAAUGUUCAAGGAAUCAACAACUCGAUUGUGUACAACGGUUCUCUCACUCAGCAUGAUCCUGGGGUCCACCUAACUUUCUCCAGGAAGCCCACUGAGGAAGGGUUUGAGGCCAAGAGCCACCAUGCUAAUGGCCGUCACAGUUAGAGACACAGAACGAGAAAAUGAUGAGAGGUGAUAAAAAAAUAUUAUUAAAUUCAAGCGUCAAACACUAUGCGUUUGUGUUUUGAAUAUAUUAGGGUUAUAUGGAUAUAAUUUAUAGUGAUAUAAGAAUAAAAAUCGAGGCCAUGAAUCGUGAUGUGAGUGUUGGAAAAAAGAGGGCAUGGGUUCUGAUUCUUCGUCAUGGUCAGCCUUCCACUCUUUGGUGGUGGGUGCAUGUGUGUGACUGAAGGAUUUUGAUCAAUGCCUUUGCUUUGAUAAUAAAACGGGCUGUUGCCCUUUUAUGAAUACCACAACGAUAUCAAUUCCUAUCAGUUGUGUUAGUGUUCGUAUUCCUAUCAAUUCCAAUUACCUUGUCA